AAACGUCAAACUCUAUGAUGACCAUAAAGUGUCAAAACAUUGGAGUGACGUUUACAAAUUCUCGUCCGGUGUCGUAAAUAUACGAAAAAAUUCGCCACGCACCAUGGAAGAUCCACCGGCUUCCGAAAUGGACUCCAAGAACCCGAACGCCGAAGACGAGGACCGGCGACCUUUCGGAGGCCUGGAGUUCCAAGUUUCCGAGGUGGUCGGUAGACUAGAAGCCGUAGUGAACGCCCAGGAUGGCGUAACGAACACCCAGGAGAGCGUAAUCGACGCCCAAGACUCCGCAGCGAACUACCCAGAAUUUUUUGAGUCCAGCAACAAGGAACCGCCUAAAGAGAUCCCCAGUGACUUAGAGUUGGAUGAAACGCCUAUGGACGAGAUAUUGAAAGUCUUAGAAGACAUAGUGAUGAAGACGGACCCGAACUGCGAGAGCCUGGAGCCGCCGCUGUUGCCGACGGACGCCGUGACGCGCGCCGCGAUCCUGUCGCACAGCAUCUCCGCGCUGUUCGCGCGGCUGGAGCGCGGCCACGCCGCCAAGCUGGGCGGCUACAUCGCCAGCGAGACCACGCGCUGGAUGUCGUAUCUGUUUAGAUUAGAAGACUACAACGCGUAUUACCACCAGGAGCAGCUGGAGGGGCUGGUGCGCGUCACCAAGAUGUUGCUGCACCACAAGUACCCGCGCUACUUGGAGGACGGAGCGCUCGCGUUCGCCAACCGCCUGCCGUGCAUCUACAGCUGCGUGGCCAGCCCGCUGGGCGUGGUGCAGCACCUGUGCCGCCAGCUGGGCCUGCCGCUGGCCUGCGUGCGCCCCGUGCCCGCGGACGCGGCCGGCCGCACCGAUGUGCCGGCGCUGGAGCGGCUGUGCGCCGAGGACGCGCGCGCGGGCCGGGCGCCGCUGCUGGUGCUGGGCGAGGCGGGCGCGCCGCCGCUGGGCCGCGGCGAGCCGCUGCGCGCGCUGGCCCGCGCCUGCGCCGCGCUGCAGCUGCACCUGCACGUGCGCGGACACGCGCUGGCGCUGCCCGCCGCGCUGCCCCGCGGACAGACGCACAGCAUAGCGGACUCGCUGACGCUGACGCCGGGCCCGUGGUUCGGCGUGCCGGGCCUGCCCACCGUCACAUUUUACAAAAUACCAGAAACAGUCACCGCGAAUGAUCACUCCAAAGGAGUUAAUCCGGCGGGCAGCCGGGAGAGCGCGCUGGCGGCGCUGGCGGGGCUGACGGCGGGCGCGGCGCGACUGGCGGCGCUGCCGCUGUGGACGUGCGCGCGCGCGGCCGGCGAGCAGCGACUCACGCGCCGCAUCGUCGGCGCCUUCCGCUCCGCGCGGGCGGCGCGCGCGCUCGUCGCCAGCGCCGACCUGCGCCUGCUGAGCGAGCCGCCGGGCGGCGACGAACCUCCCAACGUGGACAUCGUAGACGCGAUGUCGCAGGCGUCCGCGUGCGUCGUGUUCCAGUUCGCGCCGGCCGACUGCGGCGCGCGCGUGCCGCCCUACUACGACAAGCUCAACUCGUGGCUGGGCCAGGUGCUGCAGCGCGAGCCCGACAUGAUGAGCGUGGAGGUGUGCGAGACGGAGGCGCACGGCGCGGCGCUGCGCUACUGCCCGCUGGAGGGCGCGGCGGGGGGGGCGGGCGCGGACGAGGCGGGCGCGGCGUGGGCGGGCGCGCUGGAGGCGCAGCUGCACGUGCUGCGCGCGACGGUGGCGCUGCGCGAGCCGUUCCGGCGCUCGGUGCGCGCGCACCCGCGGCUGGCGCUGGCGCGCGUGCCGGGCUGGGCGGGGCUGGGCGGCGUGCGCUACGAGCCGGCGGGCUGGGCGCGGGCGCCGCGCGCGCAGCAGGACGCGCUGCAGCGCUCGCUGGUGGGCGCGCUGCGGGCGGCCGACGGCGCGUUCUCGUGCGGCGCGGCGGACGACGGGCGCGCGUGCGUGCGCUUCGGCAUGGUGACGGCCGACACGGACGUGGACGAGCUGCUGGCGCUGGUGGCGGACGCGGGCCGCGCGGCCGAGGCGGGCGCGCGCGCGCUGGACGAUAUGACGGCGCUGGUGAAGCGCGGCAUCUCGGCGGCGCAGGAGGAGCUGGCGCGCGCCGCGGAUGAGGGGCUGCUGCGGCGCGUGCCCGUGGUGGGGCGCGUGGUGGCGUGGUGGGCGCCGCCCGCGCCGCCCGCCGGCCGCCGCCUGCUGCUGGCCGACGGCUCGCUGCAGACCACCGAGGACAUCUACAGACGAGUUCAGAAGAAAGAGGAGGAGCCGCCGCGCGCACACUCGCCGUCGCGUGCGCCGCCCGACGACCAGUAGCGGCCGCGCGAUACGCGCCCUCACCGCACAGGACAGUAGCGCUACAGCAGCAGGCACUGCACACGGGACGAGUGCUCACUACAAACAACCUUACAGCACAGACAAUAAAGUCUACAUCAGAGAUAGCUGCGAGAAUAAUCUACCGACACAAGUAAUACACCAGCGAAUGAGAUCGCAUCAAACCAUAAACACCCUUAUAUCAAAACAGUUAAAGUCUACAGUUGCACAAGAAGUGCUACAAACGUUGCAUUACGCAUGCCUCGACGUUAUUGCGGCGGAGUAAGGUUUCAAUUCCUUUGGAACAUAUAAAAUGUUUAUAGUUCACGUGUAGUGCGACACAAAAUAGAAAAUAAAUGAGGGCGCUGCGGUCACUUGAUGUCGCUCGUAUGUACCCUGUGUUGUGCCUCCACUUGGGAUUGCGCCUACUUUGGUACUUGAUAAUAAUUGAUAAUAUUUUGUUCUAUGUGUAGGUAAUAUUAUGUUGUUAUUAUAAAUAAGAUCAUCUAUUGAAAAUAAUAUUAUUAUCUAAUAUAAAUAUAUUUGGAAAAAGAUAGUAUCAUGUGUUAUGAUAACUAAGACAACCGAUUUUAUUAUUAACAUUUAUUAUUUAAAUAAAUUCAAAAAGUCAAUCUCAUUUAAAUAUUAAUUAUAAUUCGUCUGGUAAUUAUUCGAAUUUCCAUUAAGAUUGAAAUAAUCUGAUACAAGUAUCAAUAAUUAUUGGUUGCUCUAUAAUGACAGUUAAUGUGGUGUUGCCACACACGAGUUUGUUAGUUCCAUAUUUAUUUACUAUUUUAUAUCGCACUACACAUUGUGUAUGAAUGCUAGCACAGCAUAGCAAUAAACUGUAUAUAGUAAUUAUAUAAUCUGUUUAACGUUUAAAACCUUUGUGAAUUAGAGAUAAAUUAUAAAAACCCGCCAAUCCAUAUUACGGCAGCGUGGCAGGUCUAAGCUACAAAUACCGCAUCUGAUAGCUGUCCGCUGCAGGGAGCCAUUUCAAUUAUAAAUAUAAAUAAUAAUAAUAAUUAAUUACACAUUACUCGUAGGUGCUUCACGUGAAGGAGCUCGUGACUAUUAAUUUUUUAAUUAUUUAAUUACAUCAUAUUUCAGUUGCAUACGAGAAUUAUUAAUAAAAAAAUUAAUUUCUGCUAAAUAAUAAUGCGUAAUAUUCUAAAAUAGAUACUUUUAGAAACUUUAUAUACAAUAAUUAUAAAGAUAUAGUUUGUCUAUUUCAGGAAGACGGUCCUGCUCCCAAUUUAGUAGUAUCGUGAACACAUUCGAACAGACACAUUGUAUAUAGUAAUACAGGCUGAUUCGUGUGAUAUCGCAACCCAUUUACUAAUAAACCGUUUAGCAACAGACAGAUGAUAAUAUACUCAGAGGCACAAUUAUCCGCCCACUUCAAUAUGACGCGAGUUUUUCAAAGUGGGCGGAUAAUUGUGCCUCUGAGUAUAUGUAAACAUGUUUCUGCUUUGCCUGCGCUCCUUCAGUUUCUGUCCAACAGUUCGCCUGUAGCUGUACCGCAACAGAAUAGAAGCGUCUUCCUGAAAUAGAAUAUCGACCCGUCGGAGGAAUGUUCAAACGUGCACAAUAACAAACAAACACACAUACAAGCAACUGUUGUGAAAUAUUGCUGUACAUAUUUAGCUUUUGUAUCAUAGCGUAGUGUGCGUCGGCGCAGUCGCUCACGCCGACGUGAAGGUUUGAGCGCCUGCCACAGCCACACAUGCCGCAUCUCGUGAUGCCGGAACGUCACGUCAGCUGCUCCUGACAGAGUAGGUAAGUCCGGAGACUGGCGCGUGGUGACUUUGGAAGGUAACAAGUUUCGAACAUUCAGACCGUCGACCGUCAAAGUGCAAUGCAUAUUUUUAUUUUGUGCAAUAAAGUGUAUAUAAAGAAAUAAAAUAAUAGAUAGAUAUUUCGUAUAAUAUCAAAAAAUUACGUUCCAUAUAUGGACAAUUGAAGACCUGUACCUUCCAAAACUACCACAGCCUUUGGACUGCCGAAUAUGGAGUUAGUAUGUACGAGCACACACUCUGUAUGAUGUGGCACGUGUGGCUGCGGCAGGCUCUAUAAUGAGAAGUAUUUCAUGUAAGUACUGCCUCCAUUAUUAAUAUUAUUGUAUUCGAUAUAAAUUAAUUAUAGUAUUUUUAACUGACUUCGAAAAUGAACGAGGUCCCUCAUCUGACAAUCUUAAAUUCAGUUUUCAUAAUUGAUUAAAUAGACAAAAGCCUGUGAGAUUUAUUCGUUGCGAUAUGUUACGACCGCGUCACCUGAUGGUAAGUGUCGGCGAAUGCGGACUUUUAAAACCGAUAUCCGAAAGAAAGCAGACAUCCUUUGACAUUUUUUAACCGACUUCCAAAAAGGAGGAGGUUCUAGGUUCGGUUGUAUGUAUGUUUUUUUUUUCAACUUAUCAUUUUAAUUUCAUUCCAUUAUGUGUCACAUAUUGUAUUUUAAUUAGAAUUGUAAGUUAAUUAUUGACACAUGGCGCCUGCACAUAUUCACACUGUGCUCGUUCGUGUUUAUGAAUAAUGGAUUGAUAUUUUUAGCUUUUUUUUUAUUGUUAAUAAUUGAAGUAUUUUUUUUAUUUAAUGACUGACACAAUACGACAAUAAUCCAACGCGGAUUCGAACCCACAACUUUUCGGUGUCGAGUCCAGCUUCCACCGUGAAACACGUUGAGGCUUAGCCGCAGCUGAAACGUAGCACUGUUUGAAGUUUCAUGGAAAGGUUCUGUUUGUACGACUUGUAUACAAUAUUAAAUGACAGCAGGAAACAGAAAGAUAGUUACCGUGGCUAGUUACCACCCUACCGACAAAGACGUACCGCCAAGCGAUUUAGCGUUCCGGUACGAUGUCGUGUAGAAACCGAAAGGGGUGUGGAUUUUUCAUCCUCCUCCUAACAAGUUAGCCCGCUUCCAUCAUAGAUUGCAUCAUCACUUACCAUCAGGUGAGAUUGUAGUCAAGGGCUAACUUGUACAGAAUAAAAAAAGAAGAGAUUUUAUAUUAAACAUAAUAAAUAUCGUGAUUUGUCAUUUUGUGCUUAUUCAUAUACACUACACGAGCGCAUGCGCUGGCGCCGACUUGUAAUAAUUGUAAAUAAUAUUAUGAAUAACUAGUUAUUUUGUAACAAUAAUAUAUUAUGCAUAACUUGUUAUAGAUCGGAAAAUGCUAUUAUUGAAACGAAUAAUUGGAAUUUUUAGAGUUUGUGUUCAACACAAUUACAAACAUUAUGUACAAAAUGCAAUACAAUUAAUUUCUUAAAAUUAAUCAGUAUUUUUAAAUUAAAUAUUUUAUAAUUGUCAACAAUGAAGUGUUGCUGUGGAAGGAAGUGCAGUGUGUACAGUAAGGCUGCCGACACACGCAAUAUUAUUGACAAUAAUAUAUAAGGUUGCCCCUCAGGAAACAACAUUACCUACGACCGGCGCACGACUCGUCAACCGCACCUCACUAUACAUAUAGUCAAUACUAUCGACUGUGUGUAGACGCCCUAAAUUUGUACUGAAACUUAAUUGCAAUUUAUUAUUAUUUAAGGUAUUUAGUUUAAAAUGUAUUCCAAAUAUAGUAACCCUACGGUAGCUACAUAUGUUAUUUUAGGCGCGCUGUAAGUUCAGUCCAUGUUCUUCUUACCUCACGAUGGUUAAUUUUUGUAUUUGGAAGAUGACGGGUUUCUAAUCCUCGAUGAACCAUGUAUAAAACGUAAUUUGUUGAUAUGGGGCAUGGGCUGACGGACUUUCAUAAAAUAAAGCCGCCUCGUUUAUAAUAAUUAAUAUGGAAUUAUUAUAAACGAGGCGGUCUGAUGUAACCAACUAAUAUAUUUAUUGUGAUUUAUAAUUUAAGUUACGUACUGAUAAUAAAGUUAUGCAAUGUUAUAA